GUCUAUGCGUCAGUCCUAGCAAUGGAUUGGUAUGGCAAUGAGACGCUCCAUAAUACCCCAUUCACCAAUAUGACGAUUAAUGGCAAGCCCGUGGCGGCUGUGCAGAACGUUGGCAACUUCUCUUUCGCACGUGUGUAUGAAAGUGGACACGAAGUGCCUGCCUUCCAGCCCGAAGCAGCUUUGGAGAUUUUCUCGCAGGUUGUACGGAAGGAACAGCUUCACUCCGUUUAACGAACAGAUUCAGAUAGCGCACAUCGUGGCGGG